AACUCCGCCUUCUUCUCGCGCGAGGGCGGCGAGAAGCGCUUCUCGUUCUCCGGGGCCGGCGUCAAGACGCAAAUGGCCACCACCACCACAACCGAGGAGGCGCAGAGGGUGGUCGUGCAGGGCGCGUGCGUGCAGCAGAAACACAUCACCUCCAUCACUACGACCACGACCACGGUGGUGGGCAACCACCAGGGAGAGCCUGGUUCGGACGUCGUCAUUCAGGAAGUGGACGAGGACGAAGAGGAGGUGAACGGGGCGGCGGAGCCAGCUGCUGCGGGGCGGGACUUCCGCCGCCGCCGACCGCUCAGCCCCAGCAUCCCGACCAUCGACGAGCAGCCGGAGGGCCCCAGCCCCGCCCCCACUCUGCCGCUGGGCAGCUCCCCUCCCGGCCCCGACGCCCUGAUGCUGGCCAAGCGCCUCACCAUCUGGGCGUGCCCGCGGUGCACGCUCGAGAACCCUCGCUGGAGGAUCACGUGCGACGCCUGCGGCCGCUGGCGACCCGCCGACGCUGCCAUCCCUGAAUCGGCCACCAAUGCAAACUCCAUAUUCACAUCCUUCUCCGACUCGCCCGCUUUCAAUCACACCCCUGAUACGAACAACUCUGAUGUCGCUCCUACUUCCAAUCCUUCUGUCUCUUCCAACCUCGCUCCCGCUCUCGCUUCCAGUUCCAAAACCGUCCUUACUUCAAACUCUGCCCUUGCUUCCAACCCCUCCACCUCUUCCAACCCCACUUCUGUUUCCAACCCCACUCCAUCAUCUAACCCUGCUCCAAUUCCUAUUACCGCUCCUACGUAUAAUUCCGUGUCCGUUUCCAAUCAUGUCGCCAACCCUACCCCCAGCCCAGCGGCAUCGAAGGGAAUCGACUGGGAGCGCGAGCUCAAGCGCUACUUCCCCGCCAACGGAAAGACUCCGGCAACUUCCAAAGCAGCUGAGACGCCCGCCCGCCCCACGACCACCGAUUCCAAAGCCCCUGAAGAAGCCACGAAGGCCACAAAGCCGAAGAACGACGAAGCAGUCAAAGACUCCAAAAUCGCCGCUAAACUCGCGUUGCCCUCCACGUUCAUUGGCGGACGCACCAAAGCGGACGAGAAGCGGCAAGGUGCGUCACCCUCCCUCGCGCCCGCGCCGAAGACCGGCAACGCUGCCACAACCGCGUCUGGGCCCGCGCCGGCGGCCUCCUCUGCGUCCACGCCCGCUGCAACCGAGGCCCCGGACGUGGACGAAGUACGCAAGGCGCGCUUGGCCUUCUUCAGCCGGGAUCAGCCCGAAGGCAAGACCAAGGGCAAAGAGGCCGUGUACGCGGGGCUCAAGCUGCCAAAGGACGAGAAGGAGAAGAAGAAGCUCAAGGAGAUGUUGAAGGAGAUGAAGGACUCGCUGCCGAGGCGUGACUCCAAAGGCGCGGUCGCAGGCGGGAGCUCCGCCUUGGAGCCACAAGCGCACCGGGGGGCAGUACCCAAGGUGUUGGACGCCAAGGCCGCAGGCGUGUCCUCCAACGCCAAGGCGCCCAAGGUGUCUACGUCGUGCCAGACGGCGUCCGUGGUGCGGAAGGUUCAGGCGGCGGGGAAGGGGGCGAGCGCGGUGCCCGUGACGGUAGAGGAGUUGUGGGGCGCGGGGGCGGGGACGAGCGCGAAGGCGGGCGCGGAGGGCGGGCUGCUGUACACGUCGGUGGGCAAGCCAUCAGCGCCGCCGUGUCCCGGCGGCGGCGCCGCCCCCGUCCCGCCCUCGCGCACUUUCGAACUCAUUCGCGCGCGCGACUUCGCCACCAUCGAGGCCACCAAGACGGCGGGCAUCGCCGCGGGCGCACACGUGUACGCGAACGUGCCCACGGCGGCGUCGCCGCCGCCACCGCCGCAGCCCGCCAGACGCCGCGCGCACCGAGGGAACGAGUCCUUGGCGUCCACGUCCGCUGGCUCCGACGCCGCCACCGCCACCUCCUCGUCGGCGGCCGCGUCUCCGCCGCCGGACGACGACCCCGGGGCCGACGCCGAGGCGGAGGCGGAAGCGGAGCUGGAGGCCGAGGUGGAGCCCGAGGGCAGCGCGUGCUCCACCAGCGACAACAGCGAGGUGGAGCGGCUGACGGCGCAGUUGACGCUGCCCAAGGGACUGGCCGCGUUCAAGGCCGACCUGCAGGCCGAGGCGCGGGCGGAGGGCGAGGCCGGCCGCCACCGCGUCAACACGCUCGCCGUCAACCGCCUGCUGCGGCGCCUCGAGGCCGCCAUCGUCGGCGGCCAGCACCACCAGGCGGCGCUGCUGGCGCGCGACCUGGCGCGCCUGCGCAUCAACUGCUGCGUGACGCGUCAGAAGCCGCGCGCGCCGCCCGGCCCCGCCGCCAUCACGGUGGACAUGUACGUGGAGGACAAAGUGUCCCACCAGGGGCCCAUCCCUCUACAGGUGACUCCAGGCAUGACGGUCGCAGAGCUCAAGCAGAAGGUGGAGCAGCAGUUCGAGAUUCCCGUUGCGGUGCAGCGAUGGAUACUUGGCAAAAUGUUGGCGUCAGAUGACAACAAAACUCUAGAGGAACACAACGUCAGCACAAAUGGCUGCCCAAUGUUUCUUUACCUAGUCGCUCCAGAAGGCGAGCAGGAGAGCGAUGCGGUGACUGCCGCCCCUGCGGAGCCUGAGCUCCCCGAAGAGCAGGUCGCCCCUGCUUCUCCGGCCGCGCAGCCGCCGCCGCCGCCGCCGCCGCCAGAGAAGGGCGGCGGGUGGUACUACAACCACGAGGACGACCGCUACAGCUUCUGCGAAGACACGGAGUCCGAGAUGGCCACGGACGACGAGGGGGAUGACGAAAGGAGUGACACUAGCCCAGCAAAAUUACCUCUACACCAACAGAAAGGAAUGCCUCAAGUCCCUCUGCUAAAUGCUCUAAAUGAGCCAGAGCUAGAAGUUAGGAAAGGAAAGGAUGAUGAAAGAGAGAAUGAGGAGGAGGAGGAAGACGAGGAUGAAGAGGAAGAGGAGGAGGAAGAACAAGGGGAACUUGGGGAGAGACCAGUCUUAGUACAGCCAUCGGCAGUAAUUAUCCAUGACAGACCUGUGGUAAUUGAGGCACCUGCUGCUACUGCAAUCCAAAAGGAUGUUACACCAGCAAAUGUAGCUGUAGCUGGAGGUUCUGCCAACCAUGCUGACAUUGGCACAAUGAAGCUGGGUUGGAAAUGCCCUGUCUGCACUCUUAUGAAUUCCCCCACAAGGCCUGGUUGUGCAGCUUGCACGACAGAGAGACCUCUGAAAUACGUUGUACCUGUGGAGUACAGGGCCAACGUCCAUGAGAUGGAACGCAUUCGCAAGGAGGCUCAGGGAGAUCAAGAACUGCUGGAGGCAGAAGCCAAUGCUAAAGCACCCCCAGAGCAGAAUGAACAUUAUCAAGAAUUGGUCAACCUCGACAACACAGAUCUAGUUCCCAACACAGAUCCUUUUGAUUGUUCUGUCUGCUUUACGCCUUGUGAUCGUCAUGAAGGAGUAGUUCUUCGUGAUUGUCUUCACACAUUCUGCAAACCCUGUUUGGUAAACACUGUACAGUUCAAUGAAGAAGCUGAAGUGAAGUGCCCAUUUAGGGAUAAUAAUUAUGCCUGUGAUAGUGUUCUUCAGGAAAGAGAAAUUAAAGCUUUAGUUCCUCAACACGUUUAUGAACAACAUUUAGCCAAGUCUGUUGCUCAGGCUGAAAACAAAAUCGGCAAUACUUUUCACUGCAAAACCCCUGACUGUCGUGGUUGGUGCAUUUUUGAAGACAACGUAAAUGAAUUUCGUUGCCCUGUAUGCCGAGUAAUUAAUUGUCUGACAUGCCAGGCUAUCCAUGAAGGAAUUAAUUGUAAACAGUAUCAGGAACAAGUUCAACAACAGUCAGAGACCAAUGCUGAUGCUCGUCGUACAAAAGAGAUGCUCGAGGAGAUGGUGGUUCGUGGUGAAGCAAUGGCCUGCCCCACAUGCCAAGUUGUUCUCAUGAAGAAGUGGGGCUGUGAUUGGUUGCGGUGCUCAAUGUGCAAGACGGAGAUAUGCUGGGUGACACGAGGCCCAAGAUGGGGACCUGGGGGGAAGGGAGAUACAACUGGAGGCUGCCAAUGUGGUCUAAACGGAGUUAAAUGUCACCCUCGAUGCAACUACUGUCAUUAAAUAUUAAACAAUACUAGUUUAUCUGUUUAUGGUGUUGUUAAAUAAGAAGAAAUUGUGUCAGAGCAAUUUUGAGUUCAUAGUGACUGCAAAAGAGUGGCAAUUUAAAAAAUUGAAAAUUGCUCUUGUGUUGUAUUUUUAUGAAUAAUGUAGGUCGAUACUGAUGUUGAUGAAAUUGUGAUUACAUAAAAGUAAUUGUUUUUACACUUUCUUCUACCAUAUUCUGAAGAAAAUUGAAAGAAAAUAAUUGACUUAGGGUGGAGAAUGAUUUUUGUCCCUUAUUUACUUAGGACAUCAAUGAAUGUUCAAUAAAAUAUUUAUUUCUAAACAUUUGUAUGAUAUAACCCGUUCCUUAUCCCAAAAUGUUCAUUAUACAAUAGUUUCAUGAUUCUGUCUGUUCCAUAUUUAUUUUGAAAUAGCUGCUUGCUUUAUUAAUGUUGAUUAAAUUUGAUUUGUAGAAGUGAACUAAUACAUUUAUGUUAUGAGAUCUAUAAUGUGUAUAUGCGUGAGAUCUAUAACAUGUUUAAUAUAUUUGUUAGAGAAAGUA